AUGGCCACGUUCUCAGCCUUCACGACUCCAAUCCAAGCCCAACGGCCGAUGGAGAACCUAGGCCGCGGCGUCGUCGCCAUCCGGUCUUCCGAAGACGAGGCCUUCAUCAGCUGGCGCAUCCUCGGCCUCGACCCCGACGACAUCGCCUUCAACCUCUACCGCACCACCGGCGCCGGCGAGCCCGAGCUCCUCAACACCGACAUCCUAACCGGCGGCUCCAACUACGUCGACUCCACGGCCGACCUCUCGCAAGAGAACACGUACUACGUGACGACUGUCGUAGACGGCGAAGAGAGCGAACCAAGCGGGACCUGGACGCUCGCUGCAGACGCCGAGGUAGGACCGCUCUUCCGCAUCCCGAUCGAGGCCGGCGGCGCGAUUCGGUAUAUCUGGGUUGGGGAUCUGGACGGGGACGGCGAGUACGAUUUCGUCGUGGACCGGCUGGAGUCGCCGCAGCGGAUCGAGGCAUACCGGCGUGAUGGCACGCUGCUUUGGGAGAUGAAUCUCGGGCCGAAUAGCCUGAACCAGAAUAAUAUUGAGCCUGGGUCUUCGGCGAUUGAUGUUGGGCAUUGGGAUGGUGUGACGGUGUUUGACUUUGACGGGGAUGGAUAUGCGGAGGUUGCGAUUCGGAUUGCGAACGGUGUGGUGUUUGGGGAUGGGGAGACGUUUGAGUACGAGGAUGAUGAGCAUCAGUUUAUCGCUGUCUUGCAGGGCUCGACGGGGUCGCUUCUAGGUACUGCGCAGAUACCGGAUGAUUAUAUCGCGGAUGGACCACUGGCUGCGCGUCUGGGUGUGGGUUAUCUCGACGGACAACGGCCAUACAUCGUGGCCUUCCUGAAGAACCGUCAAGACAGCGGCGCCUUCAACCUCAUCGAGGCGGCGUGGACGUUCGACGGCAACUCUGUUCAGCAAGCAUGGGUCUGGAAGCGCGACAACCAGAACGCACCAGACGGCCACAACACCCGCAUCAUCGACGUCGACGGCGACGGCAUCGACGAGGUCGGCGAGAUCGGCUUCCUCCUCAACGGCGACGGAACCCUCCGCUACUCCCUCGGGCCCGCCGGCAUCGUCCACGGCGACCGGUGGCACAUUGCGAAGAUGGACCCCAGCCGCCCAGGCCUCCAGGGCUACGGCGUGCAACAAGAUAACCCGUCCAAGCUGUGGGAAUACUACUACGACGCGACAGACGGCACCAUCCUAUGGGAACACUACGCGGACGAGGUUGGCGAUAACGGACGAGGCAUGGUCGGCGACAUCGACCCCAACCACUCGGGCAUGGAAGCCUGGAGCUUCCUAGGCGUGUACAACGCCGCCUCCAACGAACUGCUGGGCGACGCAGAAACCUACCCCUGGCCGCAGCUGGGCGUCUGGUGGGACGGCGACGAGCUCCUCGAACUGAUCAACGACGGCAACAUCAAUAAAUGGGACUACGAGGGCGGAAGCCUGCAGCGCCUCGUGACGACAUACCGCUUCGGCGCGACGACUGCAGACGACGACCCCAUGUUCCAGGGCGACAUACUAGGCGAUUGGAGCGAGGAGGUCGUGUUUGCGGGGGGGAAUUACUCCGAACUGAUUAUUUUUACGACGGAUCAGCCCAGUGACCUGAGGCUCUACACGCUCAUGCAUAACCCGGCGUAUCGCAAUGCUGUUACGCUCAAGGGGUAUGUGCAGAGUUCGCAUGUGGAUUACUUUUUGGGCGCUGGGAUGGACGUGCCGCCGAGGCCGGAUAUUUCGUAUGUUGGGGCGUGA